GAAAGGGAAAGUAUAGCAAAAAUUAAAGGAUAGUCACAUCACGUAUAUAAUUUGAGACUAAUUACUGAAGUUACUGCAAAACUAAACAGCUUUAACCGAAAAGUUCAUAUUAAAUUGUGUUUACUAGUGUUAUCGUAAAAGACAGUGACUCUCAGUCACCAACAUAUAGCCUGAACAGUGAAGAGACCUGCGUUGCGUGAGUUCAAAGAAUUUGUCUAAAAGCGGAUAGUAAACAAAGAAAAUCAUGGCUUUAGAUAGACAUUUGCGCAUAGAUUCUCAAGAAGGGAUAUCCUUUGUCAGGAAUAUACACCUUGAUUCCAUGGAAGAAGAUGUCUUGUAUCACUUGGCCCUUAGCAACAAAUCACAUGACCUUAAAGAAAUUUUUGGCGAUGUGAAGUUUGUUUGUUUUGGUGGAUCACCAUCCCGGAUGGAGAAGUUUGCAUAUUACAUGGUAGAUCAGCUGAAAUUUAAGUUAACACCAGGACAGACGCUAUAUAACAUUUCUAAAGGAUCAGAUAGAUAUGUGUUAUAUAAAAUGGGACCAAUUAUUUCAGUUAGUCAUGGUAUGGGAAUUCCAUCUUUGUCUAUUUUGAUUCAUGAAAUUCUGAAGCUGCUUCAGCAUGCUGGGUGUGAUCCUUCAGAGGUGGUUUUCUUCAGACUGGGAACCAGUGGUGGAUUAGGGUUAGAUGCUGGAACAGUGGUUAUAUCUGAAGCAGCAGUUGAUGGAAUUCUUAGAUCAUACAUGGAAAUUCCAACAUUAGGACUGAUUAUACAACAUCCUGCCAAAUUAGAUGAAGCACUAAACAAAGAACUACUGCAAAUUUCUGAAGAAAUUGGAUGCAAGUCUGAGUUAGGAAAGACUAUGUGUACAUAUGAUUUUUACGAAGGUCAAGCAAGGUUAGAUGGAGCAUUCUGUGAUUAUACAGAAGAAGAUAAACUAGCUUUCCUUAAGAGAGCACAUGAGAGGGGCGUCAGAAACAUAGAAAUGGAAUCCUUAUGCUUUGCUGCCAUGACGCAUCGUGCCGGUGUAAAAAGUGCUGUUUUAUGUGUAACAUUGUUAGAUCGUCUCAAUGGUGACCAGAUAAACACUCCUCAUGAUAUAAUGGAGGAAUGGCAAGCUCGACCUCAAAGAAUAGUAGCUGCUUACAUUAAAAAGAAACUUGGAAUGCAAUAUAAGAGUUGAUAGUUUCACAAGAAUAUAUGAUGAUGAUGACAGAGAAAAGAUCACCAGACAAAAUUAUUAGCAAUUCUCCUUGUAACAUAAUGCUUACUAUGAUUUUAAUACUUUUUUAAAAUGCAAUACAGUCAAAUCUAAUACAAGUUGUGACUGAAAAUGACAUUUGUUCCACUUAGCAGCAAAAAUUGUUUAUUAUUAAAUAUUUCAGUAUUUUAGAUUAGAAUGUGUAGUAAAACUAAGGUACCCAAGAUUAUGGUUCCAAUCAGAUCCACCAAAAAUAUGCUUAACAUGCUUUAGAUUGUUAAUCUAUGAUAUUUUAAAGGGACUCUUAGUCACAAUUGUGAUAUAAGAUUUUGUAGAAAUUAAAUGUAACAUGCAAUUUAGUCUCUAGAUAACCUGAGUCAAAGAGUUAGUUUGCGUUAUGGCCAACACAUGGGAAAUCAAAGAUUAAUCAUAUUGAAGAAUUUGCAGUGCAUAGUAUUCACUUGUGUGUUUCUAUGACCUUCUAAAUGAACAAAUAUUAAUACUGUGGAUUCAUUAUGAUUUAAGACCCCUUUUUGGCCCCAAAAUAUAGCAUUUUUACAAAUUUGUUGAAAUGUAAACUUUUAGCUAUUUAUUGGAAAGUAGAAUAUUUUUGUUUCAUAAAUAUGGGCUGUUUUUGACAAAACAAUGCACAUGCAUCAGGUACUUGCUUCAUAAAUUCAUGCAAUCAGUGUAUGAGUUUUUAUUGAUGUUUUCUUUGGAAUAAUACACUGAAUAAAAAGAUAAUUUUUUGACAGAGGCCAAUCUUAGAGGCUUCUUUUCCUGUGAUGGUCUUACUAGUGUGGAGCUAAUAUAUCUGUAAAUCACACACUUAUCAACAUGAAAACAAGCAUUCUGAGAGUACCUUAGAUUUUAAUUGUGAUAGCUUUAUUAAAUUUCAUAAGGCUUUUCAAUAGAAUAGAGCUUAUAUUUUUAAAGCUUUCUGUUUAUGCGUAGUAAAACCUUGUAAAUGUCUGUCCUAAGCCAUGGAUAAAGUCAGGCUAGUAAAAUUUUGGUUUGUAGAAUAAUAAAUCAUAUACCAAUGUUUUACUUUAUUUUAGCCAAGUUUGUUAUAUUUGUUUCAGUUUAGUUAUAGUAUUUAAAAUUUCAUAACUUUAUUAAGAUAAUAUGAAAGUUAGCCUUAAAGAUCUCAGAUUUAAAACAACUAUUGCUCUAAGCGAUACUGGUGUUUUGCAGAUUUCAAAAUUUACCUGAAAAUAUGAAAAAAAAAUGGAUAUCAGAAUGAGCUAUAUAUGGAAUAAGAUUUGUGUUAUGUGCUAAUCUGUCUUAGUUGUUGAAAUAUAGUUUUGUUAGAUUUUAUUUAUUGUAUUAAUUUAUUUUGUCAUUUUGUUGUUAAAUCAAUUUGCUUCUAUAUGCUUAAUUUAUUAAUUACCCAGACAAAUUAUAUUUAUUAUUCAUCUACCCAAGGUAAAUAUUUUCAUUGUUAUUUAUUUUGCAAGUCAUGCAUUCCUUCUUUUAUUUGUUUGACAUAUCAUUAUAAAUUGGGUGUAUUGCCAGAGGAAAGAGCAAUUCUAACCUCUUGAUCCUGUCUGAACCACAAGAGAGUACCUAGUUUAUAUCAUCUGUUACUCUAUAAGUUAUUAUUCAAAAUUAUUCAACCUAUGGACAGAUUUGAAUUGAUUUUUCUCUGGUUUUUCAUAAAUGGAACUUGCUUAUUUUUUCAUUGAAUGCUAUAAGGUGUAUCUAGUUUGUAUUAAUUGUAAAUCAAACAGUUUUUCGUCAACAUUGAUCAAACUUUGCAUUUAGAGCCAAAUGGGAAAUUUUCCUUUUUUCAAAAAUUGACAAAUUCUUACACUAGAGAAUUUUCCAAUCCUUAAGGCGCUGAAUGAUGUUUUUCAAAAUAGCAUUGUGCGAUACAAGUCAAUAUUAAUCUAGUUUUAUUAUUUAAUUAAUGCCCUCUUUUACUUUAAGUUGCAAGAUUUGUUUUAUUCUGGCAAGUAAAUUGCAACAACCU